GCUCGGUUGGUUGUUCAAAAAGCGUGGGUACGAGGAUGAUGACAUUGACUUCUUGCUCCACUGCUCUGCUUCUUCUAGUCUCGUAGUCACUUUCUCGAGAAAAUCCCCACUAAUAAUUUUCUCUCACUUUCUAGGAAACAGCCUUUGCCGAUUCUUCGUCUCGACAAAAUGGAUCGUACCCCUGAAGCCAAUCGGAUCGCCGCCACCAAGUCAUCAUCCAUUUCCUCGUCUCCGGCUGUGCAAGAGUCUCCUUUCUCCAAUUUCCUUAGCAAUCUCUCUCCUUUAAAUACAGCGACGACAGCCAGUUAUACACAAACAUUGUUGGGAACUAAUUUGCCGACACCGCCAGUUGUGUUUACAUCUCCUCAUAUUAAUCUACAGCGAGAAACCAGUUUCUUGGAAAGGGAUGAUAUAGUUGAAGCAGGUUCAGAGGUAUACAAAGAAUGUAACACAAAUAUAGUCCAGAUUCAGAAUCCAAGUUUUGAGGAGGUCCAGUUGUGCAGUCCUUCAGGUUGUGUUGAUGAAUAUCUGGCUGACCCUGUGGAGGUAGACUCUACAUGGUCUGCUGAUUUACGCUCGCAACGAACUAAUGAAGUCCCUCGGUUGUUACACAGUGGUUUUGCCCCUGGCGAAGAAUCCAAUACCGAAGUUUGUGAUAUUAUGUUUGGUAGCCCAGAGAAUGAAGCCGUUUUAUUAUCAGAUCAAGCUGAAAAGAAUCUGCCUUUAAGUUCACUUGAAAUGAGUCAAGCUGCAAUCAAUCAGAGGGAUGGUAAAAAGACUGAAGAGCUCUCAAGGUUUAUAUUUGAAAAAGUCAAGGAGUCUGAUGUAAAUGCAUGUCUUGUUUCCAGAGCACAAAAUUGUGGAGAGAAUGCAGCUAAGGUGAAUUUGCACAGGGCAGGUUGUCAAUAUGAUGAAAAAAAUGCUAGUAGUCAGUCACGCGAAGAUUCAAAUGAGUGCAAGCAAAGAGUACAAAAAGGAUUCGUUAAGGAGGGUGGUCAAAAUGAACGUGGUAUACGUAGGCAUCUUCAAUUUGAGGCUGCAAAAGCGUAUAAGUUCACUAUCCUUGGUAACAGUGAGAGUCCUAAUAGCCUGACACAUGAUGCUACCAAUUCAAGGUCACCAUCUAUUCUAACAAACUUGAAGAGUCUAGCUUCCUCUCAUUUCGAUAACAGAGCCUCAAGCAGUCUGCAGGAUGUGAGCUGUGACACCUUACAAUUCCCUUCCUCCCCCUAUGAGUCAUUUACAUCAGCCCAAAUUGGUGUAAACUCUACCACCUCCGCUCCCAUCCAUUCUGUUAUUGGUUUACAUCUGAAUCGCAUUUCUAGAUCUACAUCCUUGAGCUCCGAUAUCUUUUCAAGCAAGAAAUCAAUUGGGUAUCUGAGUAUGCCAGAGCAGAUGCUAGAGCAUGGCAGCAACAACAUAGCAACGAACUCAAGUAGUAUCUUGACUUCAGCUGUAUCUGGAAAAAUUUAUGUUCAUGUGGCCAGUGGUCAGCAGGAAAGCCAAGCUGUUACUGAAGCUAAUUCUUUCACUUUUCAUUCUACGGAUACUAUGAAGCCUCCAUGUCAUUCUAUGCUCGUUGACCAGGAGACAGCUCCUUGUGAGGUGGGUAUGUCUGCUUCACAGGAGACUGAUGAGGUUGAGGAGUUAAACCAACUGAGCCCUAAAAGGAAAAGGAGGAGAGAUGCAUACAUGAGUGAGGGCUGCAAACGUUGCAACUGUAGGAGGUCUAAGUGCUUGAAACUUUAUUGUGAGUGCUUUGCAGCUGGCGUUUAUUGUGUGGAUUCUUGUGCAUGUGUAAACUGCUAUAACAAGCCUGAGUUUGAGGACACAGUUCUUGAUAUACGUCAGCAAAUUGAAGCUCGUAAUCCACUUGCAUUUACUCCAAAAGUUGUCGACAAUGCCAUUGAUUCUUCGCCCAACUUUACGGAAGAACAGGACUUGACGACCCCAUCCUCAGCCAGGCACAAGAGAGGUUGCAAUUGCAAGAAGUCAAAGUGUCUGAAAAGAUACUGUGAAUGCUUCCAGGCUAAAGUUGGAUGUUCCAGCGCGUGUCGAUGUGAGGGUUGCAAAAAUACGUUUGGCGUUACUCCAGAACCAGUAUAUAACAGAGCUAAAAAGUGGGAAGCCCACCCUGCUGAGAAGCUGGAUAAUGUGAAGGGUGCUAUUGCUUGCAUCAAGGCCCCAGGUAUCAUUCAUUACUCACCGACAUGGGAAGGAAUUUCUGAUAUAAGCAAGCUUACACCUUUGUCACAUCCUUGCUCACGCACAGCGUUUUCUUCAGCUUCAUCAAGUAACUCUGCAAAAAUUCCACAAGCCCAGUUGCCAUCAAGUCAGCUUCAGCCAUCAGGUACUGGCCACUUUCACUGGGGCUGUUCAGCCGUCAUUGUUACCCCGGAAUUAUCCGAAGGCAAGGGUCCCAAUGAUCUCAAUUCUGAUGGUGCAGGUGCACAUUAUGACAUACCCUAUGAUGAUACACCUGAGAUACUCGAGGAAACUUCCAACCCCACCAAGGUUGUAAGGGCUAGCUCACCAAAUCAGAAACGUGUGUCACCUCCACAAUCCCGAUCCCGGUUAAGAGAAAGAUCUCCAACAGGCUUGAGAAGUGGCCGCAAAUUCAUUUUGCAGGCUAUGCCUUCUUUCCCUCCUCUUACACCGCACCGUAAUUCCAAAGAAGGCACUAAUGAAAUUGAGAAUGAUGAUAAAUAAUCCGCCAACAAGAACAUUUGGACAACACGCGAGGAGUUGGGCAAGGCAUGACUCAGAUAGCUUUCACAUCUGAUUGUAGAAAAUCUGCAUACAACUUACUGUCUUCUGCAGGACACCAUCUAUCGAUCUGCUUCCAACUUUACAAGCUCAAUGAAAGAAUGCUUCUGUAUUUCCAGAAGUUUGGUAAGCCUUGUUGCAAAAGGCAGUGCUAAUUGUUGGCCUUCAUUGUAAUACCAUUGCAAAAGUUUUGUAGUAUCAAGUGUAAUUGUCAUUUAAAGAUUUAGUCCUUCGAUUAUUUUGCAGGCUUUUUUUUUUUUUU